AUGAGAAGACAUGGAAACAUCUCGUCUAAGAUCGUAGGUAUGAGGAAUCUCACGAUAACACUAGCCAUUUGUCUAAAGAAACACAACUGCUCACUUGAGUUAUCUUUCUUUCAUGCUCGUGAAAAAGGUUCAAAUAAUCCUAAGGAGAAACUGCUAGGAGGGCUUCUUGCAUCAGAGUUUGAUGAGGAAUCUUGCUUGAGUAGGUAUCAUCAUCAGUCGUCUUUGCACAAACCUUCACCAUACAAACCAUCUAAGCAUCUUAUCUCUAAGCUUAGAAGCUAUGAGAAGCUUCACAAGCGUUGCGGUCCAGGAACAGAAUCAUACAAGAGAGCCACAGAGAAGCUUGGUCAGGACGUUUAUUAUAAUCAUGUAAGCAACUCUGGUGAUGAGUGCCGAUAUGUGCUGUGGAUGUUGCCAUUGUCAAAGUUAGGGUUAGGAAACAGGAUACUCUCUAUGGUUUCUGUGUUCCUCUAUGCUCUCUUGACAGACAGAAUCAUGCUUGUUGCUGACCAAAGGAGUGACACAAGCGACCUCUUCUGCGAGCCUUUUCCUGGUACUUCCUGGUUAUUACCUCUUGAUUCUCCAUUGAUGGAUCAGCUUGAUAGCUUCAACAAGGAAUACUCACGUUCUUACGGAACAAUGUUGAAGAAUCAUGCCAUUAACUCCACUAGGAUCCCAUCACAACUUUAUCUUUAUCUUUUCCAUGAUUAUGGUGAUCAUGACAAGAUGUUCUUCUGUGAAGAUAAUCAAAUGAUCAUAGGGAAAGCGCCUUGGCUGGUUGUUAAGUCAAAUCAAUACUUUGUUCCAUCUCUUUGGUUGAUCCCUGGCUUUCAGACCAAACUCAUAAGGCUUUUCCCACAGAAAGAUACUGUCUUCCACCAUUUAGGUCGGUAUCUUUUCCACCCUACAAACCAAGUCUGGGGUAUGGUCACAAGGUCUUACACUGCUUACUUAUCUAGAGCAGACGAGAGACUUGGGAUCCAAGUAAGAGUUUUCGAAGAAGAAGGAGCAAGUCCUCCCAUCAAGCAUGUGAUGGAUCAGAUUGUAGCAUGUACGCAAAGAGAGAAACUGUUACCAGAAGUGGAUACUCGAGGCUCUCAAGUCACCACCACAGAGAAACCCUCUAAACUCAAAGCUGUCCUAGUCACAUCUCUGACUUCUGGAUACUCUGAGACUCUCAAGAGUAUGUAUUGGGAGCAUCCAACUUCAACAGGAGAGGUAGUUGUAGUUCACCAGCCAAGUCAAGAAGCGAAUCAGCAGAGUGACAAGAAGCUGCACAACAGAAAGACCCUUGCUGAGAUGUAUCUUUUGAGUUUGACGGAUAAAGUUGUGAUCAGCGCUUCGUCUACUUUCGGAUACGUAGCUCAAGGUAUAGGUGGAUUAAAGCCUUGGAUACUCUACAAACCUGUAAACCACACAGUUCCUGAUCCACCUUGCGGUCGUGCCAUUUCAAUGGAGCCGUGUUUCCAUGUCCCUCCUGUUUAUGGCUGCAAAGGUAAGACCGGAACCAACACAGGAAACAUAGUCCCUUUUGUAAAACAUUGUGAGGAUAGGAUCUUGGGAAUCAAGCUAGUUCAAGUUAGCAGAUGAGUUUUAGCUUCUUGAAAAUUAGAGACAAUAUACAGAGAAUUAAAAGAAGUGUUGCAUUCGCAAAGA